GUCCGAGAGGCGCAUCGCGGCAUCGGCAUCGCCACAAAGCCCAUCUCACGCUCCCGCACCCUCUCCUCCUCGCCCAUUCCUUCCGCCUCCCUCCCCGCGCCGCCGGUCGCCGGAGCCCAGCGACUCCGCCCGCGCCGCGCUGCGCCCUGCAGAAUCCUCGAUGGCUGCCGCCAGGGGCAUUAACCAGCUUCUGAAGAGAACUCUCCACAACCAGUCUGCUGGUUCAUCGCUGCUUUCUUCAUUGAGGGGAAAGCAUGAAGAGUCCUCUGCUGGACUGAGAGCAUUGGCUCUUCUUGGAGUUGGUGCCUCUGGUCUUUUGAGUUUUGCUACAAUAGCAUCUGCUGAUGAAGCUGAGCAUGGCUUGGCAGCCCCAGAUUAUCCCUGGCCCCAUGCUGGCAUCAUGAGCUCUUAUGAUCACGCGUCAAUUCGGCGUGGGCAUCAAGUUUACACACAAGUUUGUGCUUCUUGUCACUCCAUGUCCUUGAUUUCGUACCGUGAUUUGGUUGGGGUGGCCUAUACUGAGGAGGAAACAAAGGCAAUGGCUGCUGAGAUUGAGGUGGUUGAUGGUCCUAACGAUGAGGGUGAAAUGUUCACCCGCCCUGGUAAGCUGAGUGAUCGCUUCCCACAGCCUUAUGCGAACGAGCAAGCAGCCCGAUUUGCUAAUGGUGGUGCAUACCCCCCGGACCUUAGUCUUAUCACAAAGGCAAGGCACAAUGGUCAGAACUAUGUUUUUGCUCUUCUUACUGGAUAUCGUGAUCCACCAGCUGGCGUUCAGAUUCGUGAGGGUCUGCACUACAAUCCCUACUUCCCUGGUGGUGCCAUAGCCAUGCCCAAGAUGCUUAAUGAUGGAGCUGUGGAGUAUGAGGAUGGUACUCCUGCAACUGAAGCCCAGAUGGGUAAGGAUGUCGUAUCAUUCCUUUCUUGGGCAGCCGAGCCUGAGAUGGAAGAGAGAAAGCUGAUGGGAGUGAAAUGGAUCUUCCUACUAUCACUAGCGCUUCUCCAAGCUGCCUACUACCGCCGCAUGAAGUGGUCAGUCUUGAAGUCCCGUAAGCUGGUCCUGGAUGUUGUCAACUGAGGACUACCAUUAUCUUUUUUUAUUUGAAAUAUGUUGAGCCGUUAAGGAGCAUUCAAAAUAAUGAAUUUGUGAUGUACAAUUUUGCCACUGGGGCUAGGUUCCAUGCCUAGAAGUUAUUUUGUUUUCUUUACUCUGCUGAGCUGCAAAAGCAUUUCACCAAGGGAGUACAUUUCACGGGUUUUUUUUUUUGGGUUUGCAAUGCCUCAAUGUUAUCAGCAAUAUUCUAACUUAACAGCUGUUGGGAGUUGAUAAAUUCUUAUGCUAUGAAAUACUCCUAAUAGACCUUUGUAUUGUACGGUUGAGCC